AUGAAGUUCCUCACUUUCCUUACUCUUGGUGUUGGCUUUGCCGCUGCAGAACGUCAAAACCCCUCGGCCUGCUUCAUCAUUGGCAACCAACAACUCCCCAAGGAAACUGCUGAUAUAACCAACCAGAUUAAGGACCGGAUCAGCUGCAACCCCCGCCGCACUACACUUUCUGGAGUACCUGAUGUGUCCUCGGGUGGCAUCACGUUCUCAUCCAUCAACUUUGCCACAUCCUCACAGACGCCUCUCCAAUUUGCCCUGAGUAGAUUCGCAACCCCUACCCCGCUGCGGAACGCCGAUCUUGCUACCUUCCAAAAGCAACUUGACGUCUAUCUGGCCACUGAAGCUGGUAUUCGGUCCGUUGGCGGCAACCUUGCCAUCAAGCUGCCAAAGUUCUUCCUACAGUUCCAAGUCUCACGCAUCCAAACGGCACAGGGUAAUCCACCCACAGCUCCUGGUCUCCAGGUCAACCAUUUGUUGGAGAAGGUGCUCAAGAACGCUCCUAGGGAGAGCGAGGAGCUAAAAAAUCAAGUCGGGGCUCUUGCUCGAAUUCUGUCCUAA